AGCGGACGGGUUUCCGCGGUUCGGGUUCAGCUCGGGCUCUCGCGAGGAGAGCGCGAACGUCCAAAGCAAAGCGGACCAGAUAAAGAGUGGUGAGAGCGCGGCUUGUGUGCACGCGUUAUCUUCGUGGGCCCGUCCGUGUCGGUGUAGUGGUGAAAGGUGAGAGUUAUAUAUACGAUCGGUGGCCCGAGUGGACCGUCAUUCAGUUCCCCGAGCGACGACGCGCACGACAGAGAUCUCCAGAAAGAGAAACGGACCGAUUCAGGUGGCCGAUAUCAGCGAGUUUUGAACGAGUAGAACAUUUUGGCAGAGGUCUGCCAAACGGUAAUUAAAAAGGCUGUUGAAGAGUGGGGAGCAAGUGCAAUUGUGCAAUAAGCGAGUGGAAAUGUGCCUGCAUAAAAUGGAACAGCGUGUGGCCGGAUUAGGAGGCGGUCAGCUGUUCGACGGUGCAAUGUUAAGUGAAUUGUGCUUGGUGGAGAAAAAGCAGGAAGUGACCAAGGCCUGCCUGUUGGAGAAAGUGCACCAUCCGGAAGUGAAGACCGUGGCCGAGGAAGAAGUUCUCUAUCGGGAUGUGCUAGUGGGCGCUACGCAAGCCACGCGGCAGCUGUUUGAUGCUUGCAUGCAGCUGCGAGAGAAAUUCCGAAGGAGUACCACCUACAAAAUCCUCACCCGUACCACGCAGCCAUCGCAUGCAAUCUCGAUGCUGUUCGUCUCCUUCAUCCUGCUUGUACUGUGGCCCAACCUCGUAGGCCAAUCGCCUGCGACUGAAGCGGAGGCUGCGGUUGAUAGCUCCGCUUGCCCAGCGUCGCAGACCCGUGCCAACGUUCUCGUCUCGUUGGCCUACUUUGGAUCCUUCGCAACGCACUUCGGUGCCCAGAUGUGGAUGACCUUCGUGUCCGGCUUGGCUCUCUACUUCAACCUGCCACGCCACACCUUCGGCCGCGUUCAGGAGAUCCUCUUCCCGAAGUACUUCUCCAUGGGUACGGGGCUGAGCGUUGUGACCCUGCUGACCUUCAUAAAGCUGCAGCAGACAGCUCACCCGGAACUUCUCUCGGCCAACAUCCGCAGCUGGGACCCUCUGGUCAUCCUCCAGCUCGUCAGCCUCGCUCUCUGCGCCGCGUUGGAGCUGAUCGUGUGGCUCUACCUUGCCCCUCCAAUGCUGCGCCUGAUGCACCAAAAGUACCACUUCGAGGCUAGCGAAACCGUUGGACAGGAGGUUGGCCACUUCAGUGGAACCGAGAACGCCCAGCUCCGACGCUCCAACCACUACCAGAACGUGCACAAGCGCUUCCGGCAGAUUCACAUGGCCACCGCUAUGGUCAACAUGGUGUCCCUGCUGUGCACCUUUGUUCACCUGCACUACCUAGCCUCGCGAGUGCAACUUCUGUAGAGGACCGCCGCCGCCGCCAUCUUGUUUUCUACGGCGACGACGUCUGUCGAGUGUACUGUGAUAUUAGGAGAAAGAGAGAGACGGGACGAGUGCGUUGUGAAAGCCAAAGUAUUAUUGCGGAAGAUUCCAACCCCCGGGAAUGCGGAGCAGUAUUAUGGUGUUCUUUUAGCCCCUUUGUGUGUUUAGUGGAAACCUAGCGAUCAAAAUCAGAAUCAGAAAGAAUCUAGUCGUUUUUAUCCCCGCUCCAGUGGGACAGAAAGAGAAAAAAAAACAGAACCAAUCAGAGACUGAAGUCGAUUUCGAUUCGGACCGUAGGCAGACAGACUACUUCAGAUCCCAGGCGGUCGAACGGAGCUGUUCGACCGCACAAAAGCACUGAAUUUUUGGAGAUUAUUGCACAAAAAGUCGUUUUUUGUUUCCUCGUAGUUUAUAGAUAGUCUAGUUGUUAAGCUCGUUGAUAUUUAUACCUAGCAAUGGUCGAAAAUUGUUCCGUGUAGGAGACAGCGAAACAGGGAGAUCUACGAGCCUCCGCCGCCGUAGAUCCACUAGAGAAUCCAGAUCUGAAGUAGUGUUCGUUAGGAGACAUAAUAAUCGUAGAUAGCCUUAAUCAGAUCACACAAAUUGCCAUAAAACAGCAAAUAUUUAUUGUGUAAGCGACGACACACGUCUAGUUCGUAAGUAGUUCAAAACACAACGCCAACGAGACAGCCUAGCGAAAAGCACGAAUUUAUAGAACUAGAAGUUCUGCGUGACCUCCGGAGGAGGUCACCAGGACGCCAUGAGUAGGCGACCGCCAUGGGCGGUCACCCCUAUCCUGAAUAAACUAGAAAACCUUAUUUCAAAUUGAA